AUGGCCAAACUCCGUGCCUGGGUGAAGAAACACCUCCCUUCCAGACCGGGCCACAAGAAGCAGUCUAAAGACCAACUCCCGUUCCUUUCAUCUUCACGUCGUCCCGUCACACCAACUUCAUUGAGCACUCCGGGAUGUCUAUUCUUCCAACUCCCUGGCGAUAUCCGCACCAUGAUUCUCACCAUGGCUUUUGGCGGGCGUACCCUUCACGUAGACAUUGUGCGCCGAGACGAAGCCUGGCGGUGGAGAGGGGCCGUAUGCCACCGAAACUUAGCAGGGACACAGUCGUCUAUGCGAUACGGCUGGCAUGGUCCAUGGAUCGACUACUACAUGUGGAACGACUGUGGAUGCAAAGAGACACCACCUGAAGAGUGUAAAAUUGGCAUCAUGGGGUUCCUGCUGUCAUGUAAACAAGGCUACACUGAAGGCAUCAAUUUCUUAUACUCUACCAACACCAUCGACAUCCAGAGCACACCUCUACUCCUCCACCUCCCCCAAAUCAUCUUACCCAACCGGCUCGCAUGCAUAAAAUCUUUAGAAAUCAUCAUCUGGGCACAAAGUACUGAGUCAGACAACGACAAGCCAGCCACCACCGAAAACCGCCUGGAGCCCAUUCUCAACAACAUCGCCACGCACUGCCACCAACUCCGCAGUCUCUGCAUCAGCUUAAUGGCGACGGAUGAGAACUACAAGAAGAUAUCCACUACACCAGCAUUACAUCUCGUUGAUGCCUUCCAUCGCUCCACACACAUGCGCAACAUGAAAUUCGAGAUUCCAUACGGAAGCUACUUCACAACAGCCGCUGGCAAGCCUACCGUGAAUCACCCGCGUGAAGCACCAGCCACAGGGAGGCGUCAGAGAUCGCUGUGGAGAUCAUUGGAUAGCGAGGUGCCCGUGCUGCAGGAUAGGUCGAUUGAGCGGUAUCCAUUUCCGCCGCUGAGAGUGCCGGUGCUGGAGGAUGGGGAUGAGGAGAGUGCUGGAUACUGGAUUUUGCAGGGCGAUGAAGGGCCUUAUAAGCCUGUUUACUGGCAGGGGUGUCCGGGGUAG